AAUAAAACUGUUUGAUAUAAAAAAAAUAAAACUGCUUAUUAGUCCAACUUAUUUUAUAGUUUACAAAUUGAAAAAUGUAACGUUAUGUUAUGUUUUGGAUUAAUCGAUUAUUUUUGGAACGCCAUUUUCGUUAUUGCCCCUCGCGCGAUUAAAUUUUGCUUAGCGUAAAACGUAGCGGUGAACUAAAGUAAAGAUUUUGUAUAAUCUUGCAACCAACAGAUUAUAAAGGAAUUUCGUGAAAAUAAAUUCACGUUACAACGCGAUAUAUGCAUAUAUAUAGUUUUUUACGUGGUAAAAGAUUAUUUUUUAUGAAUACUGUGGUUUAGGUAACAUAAUUAUGAUGAACCAAGAGGGUAUAAUAACAGUGGAGUAUCCGAUAAAAGCUUCAAUUUAAUUCUAUUCAUUGAUUAACUAUCUAUAUAUAUGCGUCAAUUGCGUAAUAAAUUACUUAUCAGUAUUGCAUACAACAUCAGUAUCAUUUUAAUCCAAGUGUCAUUUGUCUUGAAAAUCAUAAAGGUGGAAAUUUUCAUUUAAAGAUUGACAACAAAAUGGAAAAUUCAGGAGAAGUUACGAUCGAGGGAGAAAACUAUGAGGUAGUAGAUGAAUGUCACGAAGAAGAAGAGGCACUUAAUAUUGCACAAAAUAAGUGUGCAGGUAAUAAUGUUAAUGUGAGAAAGCAAAAUACAGUCGUAGCACUUCCUAAUGAUAAUACACAGAAUGAAAAUAUGGAACAAAAUAAAGAUGUGAUACCAAUAGAUUCUGUGAAUAACUCAUUAGUAGAUAAUUCAAACAUUAAGAAUAAUGUUACAAAUGAUACGAUUAGCAUUGAAGACAACACAAAUGAUAUAAGUAACAUUAAAAAUGAUAUAAGUAUCAUUGAAAACGAUAAAAGUAACACUGAAAAUGAUAUAAGUAUUAUUGAAGACGAUAAAAGUAACACUGAAAAUGAUAUGAGUAAUAUUGACAAUGAUACAUUAAAUACGGAAGCUAAAUAUCCACAACAAUCAAAUGUGGAAUCAAUUGAUUUUACAGCUGAUAUUAAUUUAGAUCAACUAGAUGAACAAAAAGAUAUAACGGAUGAAGAUGUUUUACUUCACUUAAAGGAUAUUGAAGAUUUGGAUACUUCAGAUUUUCAAGGACAAGAGGAAUGUGAUCAAUUAAUAGAUAAAAACGCAUCUAGUUCAGACAUAGAGAUAGUUACUGAAAUAAUUAAAGACAAUUAUGUUAGUCAGCAGAUAUUUGAUGACAAUAAGAAAGAUCUUACACAAGAAGCAAUGAAAGAAUCUAAAACGAAUGACUGGUAUAAAAAGAAGCUUGCUGAAAAAGAAACAAUUGUAAAAGAACGAUUAUCAAAAGUUGCUAGAGUUUUGGGAAUUUCUUAUCCAUGUUAUGAAAAAUGGUUAGAGGGGGAAGAAAAAGCAAAUGGUUCUGCUCUCUGUAAGUUACAACCAACUCAACCCUGUCGCUUGGAUAAACCAUACGCAAAUCGUUGGAAAUUCGUCUGCGUUAAAAAAAAGGCACAAGAGCUUACAAGCAAGACAAAUAAUGUUGAUGCUGAUGCUACUGAUAAUAAAAAUACAGAAGCUGUCUGGAAAUUGGAAGCAAGUACUGUAUGUAAUACUAAUACAAACAAUGAAGUCGAAUUUCCACCUUUUGUCUUGCGUGCUGUAAAGGUAUUUGAAGAGUUUCUUCAAACAACAGAGCAAUCAAAUGCACAAAAUUCUAAAAAUGAAGACUUUGCUGAUGAUAUAUCUUUGAGACCAGAAGUGAGAAAAGAAAUUAACAACGAAGGAAAACAGGAGUGGCUGGGGUUAUUAGUACGUUGCAACAGUAUGGACGAGCUUAUGUUAUUUGCGACUGGUAAAAAUAUUAGUUGUUCAACCAUGGAUCGUUUGAAGCAAGUUUAUGAAUCUGGAGCUGGAAAAGAUUGCAAUGUGAAGUCCCUUUAUUGCAAGUCUAUGAACAAAUGUAACGAUACCGUUGUCACGGACACAACAUUUUUAGUGGGAUCAGAAGCUUUAGAUGAAGUUGUGGGUGGGUUAAAAAUACAACUUGCACCUAAAACAAACUUUUGGUCAAAUACUGCAGGAGCGGAAAAUGUAACAAAUGCGGUAAUAGAAUUACUUGUGCCUACUCCAAAGACAACAGUACUUGAAAUAGGUUGUGGCAUUGGUCUUAUUGGAUUAAUGAUGGCAUCCAAAUGUCAACAAGUUAUAGGAAUAGAUUCUCCUUCUGAGGUAGAAGAAGCUGAAAUGACGUGCGAGUUGAAUAAUAUAAAAAAUGCUUCGUUUAUUAUGGGAACUCCUACGGAAGUGACAAAUAAAAUUAUCGCUGCAGUGAAAAAUCGUAAAGCAUGUGCAGUAAUUAAUGCAAAUACUAAUAUUGGCCGAGCUACUGAAGUAAUGACAUGUCUCAGAAAAAUUCCAUCUCUUAAACGAAUAGUGAUGAUAACUACAUUGACUAAACAGUCAGUACGUGGUAUACUAGAAUUAGCUCGACCAAUGGAUAAUGUUAAUGGACUACCAUUUAUUCCUGUUAUGGCGCGCGUAGUUGAUACUUUACCUGUUGGUCCUCAUUUUGAAGCAGUUAUUUUGUUACAACGACGAAUGAUAAAUAAAGUUAAUCAACAAUGGUUCCAAAAAGGUUUAGAGGAAAGUUUCAAGGCAUCAGAUAGUAAAAACAAUCAUGAACAGGCAAAUGAACAAAACGCAAAUAAUGCAAAUAAGAAAGGUGUUAAAACACAAAUGAAAAAGAAUUUUAAUAAAUCACUGAUGAAAUAUUCUUCGAAGAAAUCAAAAGCUUCAUUAAAGAAAACGCUUUAUACAAUGAAUACUGAGAAUCCUGUGAAAAACGUUUUCAAAGGAAAGCGUUCACAUUCCCCUGAUAAAGGAGAAGUACCUCCAAAGAAAUUGAUGAAAAAGUUUAACAAAUCUGGAAUUAAAGAUUUACCUAUGAAAAAGAAAAAGGAGUGGAUGACAGAAAAUUCGCAAUUUCGUCCCAAUCCUUUAUAUGAAAAAAAAAUGCGGGAACCCAAAGAGCAAACUGAUUUAAGGGAAAGAUUAUCUAGUAAUAGGUUUGAUACAGAUGUUGCUCAGACUGUAAAAGAGCAUCAAGCACUUUUAGAAAUAGCAAAAGAAAAAUUAAGUGGACCAGCACCGACCGUUGAUGUAAAUACUGCUAAACAAUUACAAAAUAUGUUAAAUAUGGUUUUAGAACAAACGAAUAAACUCCAAAGUCAACUUCCGCGGUCCGUUUGGGAUCGUAUCGCACCACCAGAAAAUGUAAAUUUAAAUCAAAGGGAAAAUAAACAAGACGAUCCUCUUUUGAAAGGUCGUUAUGUUCAAGAAAUGGGUUCUCAGGAUAUUUUAAUUACAGCACCAAACAAGAAGUUUUUAGUUAACGAAGAACUUACUUUAAAACCAAUAUAUAAAAAACACAAUAUACCACCGUUAGAACCAAAUAUAAUUAUGCCAGUAUCAUCAGUAAUUAAUCACAGAGAAGAAAGAUCUUUCCGUAUGACGCCAGAGCAAUAUGAAGCUGACGUGCGCCAACAACAAGCUCAAGAAUUUUUUAACAGAAGCCGUUGGUCAGAGAUGGGCAAUAUAAAGAAAUCAGUCUCACCUAUGAGGAGAAACAUAUCCCCAAUGAAACAUCGAAUAACUCCUCCUGAAAGACUUUCUCCAAAACGUCCGUUAUUGUCUCCACCAAGACGUCCAUGUUCUCCUCCUAGACGACACUUUUCUCCUCUUCGCCGUCCCCUGUCAUCAAUGUACAGACAACGUUCUCCCCUGAAAUGUCAGACAUCUCCCUCAAGACGACCUUUAUCACCACCACGACGAACUGAGAUGCUCCUAAAUCGACCGAUGUCGCCAUUAAGACGUCAGAUAUCGCCAUCGCGACAGCAAAUGUCUACUAUUAGAUCAACUAUGUCCCCUUCUAGAAGACAACCAUCGCCAAUGGGACGACCAAUAUCACCUCCUAGAAGACAAAUUCCUUCUCCCGAUCGAAUGAUAUCUUCUGGUAGACAAGAAUUGUUACUUUCUAGGCGUGGAGGAUCACCGCAGAGAUUUUUAAUGGAAUGUCCUCCGUCGCUAUCAAAAAGACCGCAGUCCCCUCAAAGAGGUCAAUCAUCUCCACAAAAAUAUACAGAUGACUGGGAUAUACCAAGUAGAGGAGCAAUUGAACAAGCUACUUGGUCCCGACCCGUUGAAAGGGUACCCCAACAAAAUGUCUGGCGAAAUGAAAAAAGUAUAACAUCUAUUAACAGUUGGGAACAAGCUGCAUGCAAUGAGAGGCAGCGGAAAUCUUUCAAUCAAGAAAAGUGGAAUGCUAAAGAUCCUAUUCGUAAUGAUACAUGGUGUAGUAAUGAAAAUAAUUGGAGUUCUCAACAGUCAUCCUCAAAAGCUAUGAUGAAAGAAACAUGGUCAUCCGGUUUAGAUAAUAGAUGGUCAAACGCGUCGAAUAUGCCGGGAAGUAGUAACGAGAAUUGGAAUAUUCGCGGGAAAGAAACUUUUACUACGUAUAAAGAACCUUGGAUAGAUAAUAAAAAUAAAGUUCGAUGGGAGUCAUUAAAUGUUAAGGAAUCCUGGAAACACUGCGAUAAAGAGGAUGAUUUACCAGAGGAUGCAAAAGAUCCUUGGGGCGAUGAUGGCACUUUAGAUUUUAAAGAAAGAUGGCAGAAAUUUGAAACUGCCACUACAUCGUCAACGUGGACAAGAGAUAACGAACAACAGGGAGAUAUGUGGUCAAAAAACAAAGAUAAUUGGCAAAACAAAGGAUCAUCUUUCAGUAACAAAUCUCAGUGGCAAAAUAAUAGCGUUCAAAACGUUGGAGAAUCACGUUGGCUUUCUCAAAACGAUAUGGACAUGAAACCACAAUCAAGUAGUACUUGGAAAAGUGGGAACAAUGUAGGAUCUUGGCAGUUCCAAAAUUCUAAUUUUCAAUCACAACGCCCUUUUUCCACUUCUCAGUUUAAAACUUCAUAUUAAGAUUUUUGUUCUAUAAAUUAAUCAUGUUGAUUACAAA